CGCGCAUGCUCUAUUUGAAGAAUACAUUCAUGUGUUCUUACGUCUGCAGCGGGUGGAGGUCAUAGACAGCACUGACAAAACCGUAGAACUUCAACCAUGGCGAAACUGUUUGAAUCCAUUGGGAAGUUGGGGUUGGCCCUGGCCAUCGGGGGUGGGGUUGUGAACUCUGCUCUCUUCAAUGUUGAUGCUGGUCAUCGGGCAGUUAUAUUUGACAGGUUUCGGGGUGUGCAAGAGGCCGUAGUUGGCGAGGGCACCCACUUCCUCAUUCCCUGGGUACAGAAGCCUAUCAUUUUUGACUGCCGUUCUCGUCCACGCAAUGUUCCCGUCAUCACCGGCAGCAAAGAUCUGCAGAAUGUGAACAUCACCCUUCGUAUCCUGUUCCGGCCGGUGACCGGUCAGCUGCCUCGUAUCUUCACCAGCAUCGGAGAGGACUACGAUGAACGGGUCCUGCCGUCCAUCACAACGGAGGUCUUGAAGUCUGUGGUGGCCAGGUUUGACGCAGGAGAGCUCAUCACCCAGAGAGAGCUGGUGUCUCGGCAGGUCAGCGAAGACCUGACCGAAAGAGCCUCCACCUUCGGACUCAUCCUGGACGACGUCUCGCUGACACACUUGACGUUUGGUAAGGAGUUCACAGAGGCUGUGGAGAUGAAGCAGGUGGCUCAACAAGAGGCAGAGAGAGCCAGAUUUGUUGUAGAGAAGGCCGAGCAACAGAAGCAGGCAGCCAUCAUCUCUGCUGAGGGUGACUCCCAGGCCGCCCUGCUCAUCGCCAACUCCUUGCAGGAGGCUGGAGACGGCCUGGUAGAGCUCCGCAAACUGGAGGCUGCCGAGGACAUCGCCUUCCAGCUGUCUCGUUCCCGCAACGUCACCUACCUGCCAGCCGGCCAGGGCACACUCCUGCAGCUGCCCCAAUGAGACCCGCACACCCUGAUCUAACCACCCCCUCCCUCGCACCAGCCAAAUGGGGCGUGGUUCUCCACGUUCUCACACGCACUCCUUCCAUUCCCUCUCCCAGUAUGGACUUGUGAAAUUGUGGUGGCUUGAGAGUGGGAAUGCGGAGAGGUCCAGGAGAAGGUUCUGAAGCCUGGUGAGCGUGUGGUGGUUAGGCAGGAGAACGACGUUCUGUCCAAAAUACGAAAUCUGUGAUGCAGUAUGUUGUCCUGGAUAUGUCUCUUGCAAAUUCAGAGCAGUAAAUGUGAUUUUUGAGUGCGUUGAAAAGUUGUAAUUGUGUUAAUUUGGGGAAAGGGAGCCGUGAAAACAUUUAGCACUGUUACCACAGCGAUCUAUAGACAGGCAUUUAUUGACCUGAGAGGAGAAGCCAUUUAAUCAAUGGCAUUUACUCUGUGCUUAGUUGGGCACAACCUUGUAUGAGUGAAUUGGAUACUGCUGCUGUACACAAGUGUUUUGGGAUCAGUCUCUUAGAAAUUUCAAGUGGUUUAUACAAGUCAGCCUCCCACCAGCUGAGUCUCCCACCACCUGCUUCAAAUGCUCAGCCCAUUAUCAAGUCCUUGAUGGGCUACUUCAGGUGUGUUAGGGCAGUGGGAGACCUGAAACUUGCAGGGCUGUGUGCCUCCAGGAGCAGGGUUGAGAAACACUGGUCUAGUGAUGGCCGGUCCAAAAUCCCAUAACAACUGGGUUUUCCUAAAAUCCACUCCAAUGAGCUCUGUCGCUCCCCUUCAACGGAUUUUGAGAUUGGAUUAUCUUUGGUUCAGUAGCGCAAUGUCCCCACCCAUGAUGUCCUUAAAGUGGUAUUAAACGUGCCCGUCUGAUAGUCCAAGGUGGCAACCUUCCUUCAUUCUUUAUAGUUUGUCAGUGUGUUUAAUUUGGAGGGACAUGCAAGCCCCUGCAUUCCACUUAAUUUCAACUCCACAAUAAAAUGGUCUUAUUUCUACAGCAUGA